GGAUAUUUCGAUGUGUUCUAUUUGCUAAGCAGGCUAGGUUGUAAUCCAUAUAAAAAUCAUAAAUUUUUAUUUACUUUUCACUAAAAAGCACAUUUAAGUCACAGUUCAUAUUUGCAAAAUUCAUUGCAGUGUUAAAUUACUAGACAAAACAUUUUACAUACACGCUGCACACCACAAACACUCCAAUUGGAAUUCUCCCUACCACUAAGUAAAAAUGGCAACGUUCCUUAAUUUGAGUUCGGUAAAGCUUAAUAAAUGGCAAGUGGCGCUGCUCCUGGGCACUCCGUUGGCCAUUGGCCUGGGGAUGUAUGUUCUACGUAAGAGCGGUAACAAAGACGACACAAACGCGACCACAAAAGGCGGCAAACAACCGGCAUCGUCGGCGACAAAGUCAAAGAAGGGUAAAAUUGAGAAUAAAACUUUAUCCAUUGAUGGCACUGCUCCGGAUACGGAACUGGAGCGCAAAAAGAAGUCCGCCGAACUGGGCGAACAGUUGUCGCCGCUGAAGGAGGCCAACAACUACAAGACGGAGGGCAACAAUUGCUAUCGCAAUGGCAAAUACGAUGAGGCCAUCAGUUUCUACGACAAGGCCAUCGAUAAGUGCCCUACAGAGCAUCGCACUGACAUGGCCAUCUUCUAUCAGAAUCGUGCUGCCUCUUAUGAGAUGCUCAAGAAGUGGAAUAAAGUAAAGGAGGAUUGUUCGCUUUCGCUGGAAUAUAAUCCACGCUAUGCCAAGGCGUAUUAUAGAAGAGCACGUGCCCAUGAGGCAACCAAGGAUAUGAGCGAGUGUCUGGAUGAUGUGACGGCCACCUGCAUCCUGGAAAUGUUUCAGAACAACAAUACUAUUGUGUUUGCGGAUCGUGUGCUAAAGGAGACGGGUCGCCUCGAUGCAGAGAAGGGCAUGCGUGAGCAUGUUCCUGUGGUUCCAUCGGCUGCCUUUGUCAACACUUAUAUGCGCUCGUUCAUUGCCGAUCCGCUGCAGCUGAUGGAGUUGCCAGCUUCGACAACUGAUGCCCCAUUGCGUGGCUUUGUGCGCGCUCGCAAGGCGUUCGAGGCGCAGCAGUAUGAUGACAUUAUUGCCGCUUGCACCGAGGAAAUUGAAUCAUCCGAGUCGGAUGCACAGUACAAAGUGGAGGCGCUCCUCAUGCGCGGCACAUUCCAUUUACUGGGCGGCAGCUUUGCGGACAGCAAACAUGACUUUGAUGCCAUACUGGCCAAUGCUGAUGCCGAUCCUACGCUGCGUGUUUAUGCGUACAUUAAGCGUGCCGCACUCUUCAUACAGACGGAUGAGCGAGACAAGGGCUUGGCCGACUUCCUCGAGGCUCAGAAGCUACGCCCCGACAAUGCAGAUGUCUAUCACCAGCGUGCCCAAAUCUUGCUGCUGCUGGAACAGAUCGAUGAGGCGUUGGUGGAGUUCGAUACGGCUGUGCGAUUGGCACCCAAUCACGCUAUUGCCUAUGUACAGAAAUGCUACGCGGAGUAUCGUCUGGCGUUGUUGACCAACGAUCAGAAUCGUUUGGGACGCGUGAUACGCGACUUUGAGCUGGCCAUCGAGAAGUUCCCUGAUUGCGUUGAAUGCUACAGUCUGAUGGCCCAGGUGCUGGCGGAUCAGCAGCAAUUCCCACAGGCGCAACAGUUCUACGAGAAGGCCAUGAAACUGGCGCCCACAAAUCCAUCGUUGCUGGUGCAUCAGGCCAUCAUGAUGCUGCAAUGGCGUGGCGAUAUCGACACGGCUGUCGCGUUGCUCAAUCGUGCCAUCGAAGUGGAUCCCAAGUGUGAGCUGGCAUACGAGACACUGGGCACCGUGGAGGUGCAGCGAGCGCAACUGCAGCGUGCUGUCGAUCUGUUUGAGAAGGCGCUGCUUUAUGCCAAGAGUCAGGCGGAGCUGGUCCAUGUCUAUUCCUUGCGUAAUGCGGCGCUGGCUCAAAUCAAUGUGACGCGCAAGAUGGGCAUCGAUAUGAACACCAUUUCCGCCAUGGCGCAGUCCGGUUUCCUUGCCCAGCCAGGCAUGUAAACAAAAAAGAUGUUGUGUGAAGGUAGAUGCAGAUGCGGGCAUUUAACGUGUGCUAAUUAAGUUGCAACAAACCAAUAACUUCUCCCAACAACACAAAACAAAACUUAUAACCAUAAAAACAAAACACAACACAAAAAACCAAUCCCACGUCGAAACAGUGUUAUAUAAAAGAUAUGUCAAAUC